AUGUUGUCUGAAAAUCAAUCUUCAACUUCAAAUUCUGAUUCUUUCGCCAACAGAACAACAAUUAUUCCAGAAUCGGUGAGUCAUUUUGUGUUACGAAAUAAAAAAUAAUACACGUUUAUAUUGUUCAGCCAGCUUUAUUGGAUGAUGGUGAUGAGAUUAGUUUGGAGACGGAUAAUAUUCCACCAUCGAAAUUGAGAUUGUCUGAUGAUGAUCAAUGGAAUGGAAAUGGCGGAAAACCAAUCAAUAGUAUUGAAGACCAUCAACAGUUAGUUUUAUUGAUUUUUUUUCGACAAAAACAAGGAAAAACAUAAUAAAAUAAUAAAUAGUUUUUUUUCAGAUUUGAUGAAAGCAAAAGUGACAAUCGUUUUGCUCAAAUUUCUCCUGAACCACCAACAACAAAUUUCAAGAUUAUUAUUCAAGAAUUUGAAAAACGUGGAGAAGGAAUCAACGCUUUCAUCGUCUACAAAAUUGAAAUUGAAGUUGAGGGAAUUGUUGGAUACACCAAAAAACAAUAUGAAGUCUGGAGAAGAUUUUCGGAUUUCUUGGGUCUUCAUGAAAAAAUUGUUGAGAAAUAUCUUCCAAAAGGACUUGUUAUUCCAAUUCCACCAGAGAAAAGUAUCGCGGCACUUACAAAGACCAAAAAUUCUGAUCCAUCAAUUGCAAAUGAUGUUGGAGUUCGUCGUGCUCGUCAACUUCAAAGAUUUAUGCAACGUCUUGUUCAACACCCAAGAAUUCGUAGCGAUUGUGAUGUUCGCGAUUUUUUGACACUUGAUGGCGAUUUGCCGAAAGCUAAUCAAACUUCUGCUUUGUCAAGUGCCGGUGUCAAGAAGAUGUUCAAAAGUUUUGGAGAGGUUAGUACUUUUCUUCUAUUAUUUCCGAAAAAAAUGAACCACUUCUUCAGGUUUUCUCAAAAAUGGCAUUCCACAUGGAAGAAGGAGAUCGUUGGUUCGAACAAGUUCAAUCACAAAUCGAUGAGUUGGACGAGGCCCUUCGCAAACUUCACACAAUCUCCGAAACUCUUGCAUUUGCCAGACGUGAAAUGGCUGUAAGUGGCGAGCAAAUGAGCAAAGCGCUUUCGAUGUUGGCUGCGUGUGAAGAAUCGACUUCGUUGUCAAAGGCUUUGUCAUCAUUGACCGAUACAACUGAACUUGUUAGUGCGAUUUGGCAGAAGCAAUCGGAUAAUGAUACUGCGAAGUAAGUUUCAGUUUAAGAAUAAGUUAUGGAAAAAAUAUGAUGUGAAUGUUAAUUUUGUUCUUAAAAUAAUUCAGACACAAAAAGACAAAUUUGGUGAAAAAAUAAAUGAAACAGGAACAAUACAAUUUCACGAUAGAGAUUAGGAUUAAUCUUUUCAUAAAAAAUGAAUAAUUGGAUUAAAUCAGCCAAAGUUAUCUUAAAAUUUAUUGUUGAAGCUCAAAUUUCUAGAAAUAUAAUGUAAAAAAUUAUUUGGUCGUGGAAAAUCUAGGGUUUUUUUAAAAUCUAUCUCGUGGAUUUCAGAUGUUUAAAACCUUUUGAAUUUUUUCAACCAAAAACUCACAAUUUUUUUUUCAGAUUCUCAGAAUCAAUCGGAGAAUAUGUCUCGCUUGUCGGUGCUCUCAAAGAAGUCUUCGAAGAACGUGUUCGCGCUUGGCAAAACUGGCAAAACGCUCAACAAAGUUUGGCCAGAAAACGCGAUCAGAAAACCAAACUCGAUUUAUCGGGAAGAACUGAUCGUUCCGAACAAAUCAAGGCUGAAAUCGAUGAGACAGUCAUCAAAAUGGAUCAAUAUGAACAGAAUUUUAUUGAUUUGAGCAAAGCGAUUCGCGAAGAAGUGACACGUUUUGAAAAUGAGAGAAGAGCUGAUAUGAAAACGAUGCUUGUUGAAUAUCUUGAAACUCUUGUUGGAACUCACACUGAACUUCUUUCUGCUUGGGAGAAAUUUGAACCAGAAGCCUUGAAUAUUCGAGUCUAA